AUGAAGUCUAAUAUCGAACUCAUUGGGGAGGUUGACAAAUUCGCAUACUCAGAUGAGACUUCUGCGAGGCUGCAGCAGAAGCAGGAGACGCUGUGGACUUUGCUUUGGCGUGAUGACGAGGGCUUCUAUCCUGUUGGUUAUAUUCUUGAUCGCGUCUUGGCCGAGCUUCAGGCGGCUCCCCAGGACGUCAGAGGUCCCCUGACGUGGGACAAACGCGCUCGAACAAUCCGGCUGCUGGAGGGUGUAGAACCCGAGGCUGAAAGGACGCAGCAGAUUGCGAAGCUCACGGGCUACUGGCGACAGAAAGAAACCUUUCCCCUUCUGAAAGGUUGGCGGAACGAGCUCUGGCCCGUGUACGGGCGCAAAGGCGAGUUACUGUUCAGUAUGGAGAGGACAGCCGUGGGGCUCUUGGGCGCCAUGCGGUAUGGUGUGCACAUGAUUGCAUACAUCAAGGACGAUUCGGCUCCAUACGGUAUCCGGUUCUGGGUUCCUCGCAGAGCGGCUAACAAAUCCACGUUUCCGGGCAUGCUCGACAACACUGUCGCCGGCGGCCUCGCUACAGGCGAAGAUCCCUUCGAGUGCCUGAUCCGCGAAGCAGAUGAGGAAGCUGAUCUCCCCGGGAACGUUGUCCGGUCGCGCGCAAAGCACGUCGACGUUGUCACGUACAUGUACAUCACAGAGAAGGAGCGCGUGGGCGAGGCCGAUUAUAUUUACCCAGAAUGUCAAUGGGUCUAUGAUCUGGAGCUACCGAUAGACGUCAUCCCCCAGCCAAAGGAUGGCGAGGUCGAGGAGUUCUGCUUGUGCGAUGUGAGCGAGGUCAAGGCGCAGUUGGCAGCAGGGGAGUACAAGCCUAACUGCGCCCUGGUGGUGAUAGCUUUCUUCAUCAGACACGGCAUCCUGACGAAAGAGAACGAGCCUGAUCUCGUGAGCAUUGAGAAAAGGAUUCAUCGCGAUUUGCCGUUUCCGGGGCCGCACAAGGUGUCUUCGUUCAAAUGGUAA